AUGCAGUUAGUAUCCUGGGCCACACUGCUAACGCUCCUGGUGCCGGACCUGGUUGAGAUGAGGAGCCCUGACUCCGCGGCGGCCGUGCGCAAGGACAGGCUGCACCCGAGGCAAGUGAAAUUAUUAGAGAGUCUGAGCGAAUAUGAGAUCGCGUCUCCCAUCCGAGUGAACCCCCUAGGGGAACCCGUUCCCACGAACGUGCACUUCAAAAGAAGGCGACGAAGCAUUAACUCUGCCUCUGACCCCUGGCCUGCCUUCGCCUCCUCCUCGUCUUCCUCUACCUCUUCCCAGGAGCAUUACCGCCUCUCAGCCUUCGGCCAGCAGUUUCUAUUUAAUCUCACCGCCCAUACCGGAUUUAUCGCUCCACUGUUCACUGUCACCCUCCUUGGAGAGCCAGGGGUGAACCAGACCAAGCUGUAUUCCGAGGAGGAAAUGGAACUUAAGCACUGUUUCUACAAAGGCCAUGUCAAUACCAAGUCCGAGCACACUGCGGUCAUCAGCCUGUGCUCCGGAAUGAUGGGCACGUUCCGGUCUCACGAUGGAGAUUAUUUUAUUGAACCACUGCUGUCCAUGGAUGAGCAAGAGGACGAAGAGGAACAAAACAAACCCCACGUUAUUUAUAGGCGCAGCACCCCUCAGAGGGAACCUUCCACAGGAAAGCAUGCCUGUGACACCUCAGAACUCAAAAAUAGCCACAGUAAAGACAAGCAGAAAACCAGAAUGCGGAAACGGAGAAAGAGAAAUAGCCUGGCUGACGAUGUGGCACUCUUAAAGAGCGGCUUGACAACAGAGGUGUUCUCUGGUUAUAGCAACAGGACAAACAGCACAAGGGACAGAAGGAAUCCCAAAAGAACCAAACGCUUUCUGUCCUAUCCACGGUUUGUAGAAGUGAUGGUAGUGGCUGACCACAGGAUGGUUUUAUACCAUGGAUCAAACCUUCAACAUUAUAUUUUAACCUUAAUGUCCAUUGUAGCUUCUAUCUAUAAAGACUCAAGUAUUGGAAAUUUAAUUAAUAUUGUUAUUGUGAACUUAGUUGUGAUUCAUAAUGAACAGGAAGGACCUUACAUAAAUUUCAAUGCCCAGUCAACAUUAAAGAACUUUUGCCAGUGGCAGCAUUCCAAGAGCCACUUGGGUGGGAUUCAGCAUGACACAGCCGUUCUGGUCACAAGGGAGGAUAUCUGCAGAGCUCAGGACAAAUGUGACACCUUAGGUCUUGCUGAAUUGGGGACCAUUUGUGACCCCUACCGAAGCUGUUCCAUUAGUGAAGACAGUGGGUUGAGCACAGCUUUCACAAUAGCCCACGAGCUGGGCCAUGUGUUUAACAUGCCUCACGAUGACAGCAAUAAAUGCAAAGAAGAAGGUGUUAAGAGCCCCCAGCAUGUCAUGGCACCAACACUGAACUUCUACACCAACCCCUGGAUGUGGUCCAAGUGCAGUCGGAAGUACAUCACUGAGUUCUUAGACACUGGGUAUGGAGAGUGCUUGUUGAAUGAACCUGAAUCCAGGACCUAUCCUUUGCCUUCCCAACUGCCCGGCCUUCUCUACAACGUGAAUAAACAAUGUGAACUGAUUUUUGGGCCAGGCUCUCAAGUGUGCCCAUAUAUGAUGCAGUGCAGACGGCUCUGGUGCAACAAUGUGGACGGAGCACACAAAGGCUGCAGGACCCAGCACACACCCUGGGCAGAUGGAACCGAGUGUGAGCCUGGAAAGCACUGCAAGUUUGGAUUUUGUGUUCCCAAAGAAAUGGAGGGCCCUGCAAUAGAUGGAUCCUGGGGAAGUUGGAGUCACUUUGGGACCUGCUCAAGAACAUGUGGAGGAGGCAUCAAAACAGCCAUCAGAGAGUGCAACAGACCAGAGCCCAAAAAUGGUGGGAAGUACUGUGUAGGGCGGAGAAUGAAGUUCAAAUCCUGUAACACUGAGCCCUGCCAGAAGCAGAAGCGAGACUUCCGUGAGGAGCAGUGUGCCCACUUUGAUGGCAAGCACUUCAACAUCAAUGGUCUGCUGCCCAGUGUGCGCUGGGUCCCUAAGUACAGUGGAAUUUUGAUGAAGGACCGAUGCAAGUUGUUCUGCAGAGUGGCAGGAAAUACAGCCUACUACCAGCUCCGAGACAGAGUGAUUGACGGAACCCCCUGUGGCCAAGACACCAAUGACAUCUGUGUCCAAGGCCUUUGCCGGCAAGCUGGAUGUGAUCAUAUUUUAAACUCAAAGGCCCGGAAAGAUAAAUGUGGGAUUUGUGGUGGCGAUAAUUCUUCAUGCAAAACAGUGGCAGGAACAUUUAACACAGUCCAUUAUGGUUACAAUACUGUGGUCCGAAUUCCAGCUGGUGCUACCAGCAUUGAUGUACGGCAGCACAGCUUCUCAGGGAAGUCUGAGGAUGACAACUACCUGGCUUUAUCAAACAGUAAAGGUGAAUUCCUGCUAAAUGGAGACUUCGUUGUCUCCAUGUCCAAAAGGGAGGUCAGAGUGGGAAGCGCCGUCAUUGAGUACAGCGGAUCUGACAAUGUGGUAGAAAGACUGAACUGUUCGGACAGGAUCGAGGAAGAACUUCUCCUUCAGGUGCUGUCCGUGGGAAAGUUGUAUAACCCAGAUGUGCGGUACUCAUUCAAUAUUCCAAUUGAGGACAAACCUCAACAAUUUUACUGGAACAGUCACGGGCCGUGGCAAGCAUGCAGCAAGCCCUGCCAAGGGGAGCGGAGACGAAAACUUGUUUGCACCAGGGAGUCUGAUCAGCUAACCGUUUCUGAUCAAAGAUGUGACCGGCUGCCCCAGCCAGGACCCGUCACUGAAGCGUGCGGCACAGACUGUGACUUGAGGUGGCACGUCGCCAGCAAGAGCGAAUGCAGUGCCCAGUGUGGUUUGGGUUACCGAACUUUAGACAUCCACUGUGUCAAAUACAGCAGGGUGGACGGGAAGACGGAGAAGGUGGAUGACAGUUUUUGUAGCAGUCAACCCAGACCAAGCAACCAGGAGAAAUGCUCAGGAGAGUGCAGCACAGGUGGAUGGCGCUAUUCAGCCUGGACCGAUUGUUCUAAGAGCUGUGAUGGUGGUACCCAGAGAAGAAGAGCCAUCUGCGUCAACGCCCGCAACGAUGUCCUGGAUGACAGCAAAUGCACACACCAGGAGAAAGUUGUCGUACAGAGAUGCAAUGAGUUCUCCUGUCCUCAUUGGAAAACAGGAGACUGGUCAGAGUGCUUGGUCACCUGUGGGAAAGGGCAUAAGCACCGCCAGGUCUGGUGUCAGUUUGGCGAAGAUCGAUUAAGCGAUAGAAUGUGUGACCCUGAGGCCAAGCCGGAGCCUAUGCAGACGUGUCAGCAGCCAGAGUGUGCAGCCUGGCAGGCGGGUCCCUGGGGACAGUGCAGUGUCACUUGUGGACAAGGAUACCAGCUAAGGGCAGUGAAGUGCAUCAUGGGGACUUAUAUGUCAGUGGUCGAUGACAAUGAUUGUAAUGCAGCAACUAGGCCAACCGACACCCAGGACUGUGAAUUAUCAUCUUGUCACCCUUCCAUACUGGCCCUGGAACCAAGGAGGAAUGCACAUAGUGUACCCAGAACCCAGUGGAGAUUUGGGUCUUGGACUCCAUGCUCAGCCACUUGUGGAAAAGGUACCCGGAUGAGAUACGUCAGCUGCCGGGAUGAGGAUGGUUCUGUGGCUGAGGAGAGUGCCUGUGCUACUUUGCCUAAACCAGUAGCUAAGGAAGAGUGUUCUGUGACACCCUGUGGACAGUGGAAGGCUCUAGACUGGAGCUCUUGUUCCGUGACUUGUGGGCAAGGUAAGGCAACCCGACAAGUGGUGUGUGUCAACUACAGCGACCAUGUGAUUGAUCGGAGUGAGUGUGACCCAGAUUAUAUCCCAGAGACUGAGCAGGACUGCUCCAUGUUGCCGUGCCCUCAAUGGACUGGCUUGGCUCACCCAUUUCAAAAUGAGGACUUCCGUCCCAGGAGUGACAGCCCUAGCCGCACCCACGUGCUUGGAGGAAACCAGUGGAGAACAGGCCCCUGGGGAGCAUGUUCUAGUACCUGCGCCGGAGGCUCCCAGAGGCGAGUUGUGGUGUGUCAGGAUGAAAACGGAUACACAGCCAAUGACUGUGUAGAAAGAAUCAAACCCGAUGAGCAAAGAGCCUGUGAGUCUGGCCCAUGUCCCCAAUGGGCUUACGGCAGCUGGGGAGAGUGUACCAAGCUGUGUGGCGGAGGCAUGCGGACAAGACUGGUAGUCUGUCAGCGGGCCAACGGUGACCGCUUCCCAGAUUUGAGUUGUGAAGUCCUCGACAAACCUCCUGACCGUGAGCAGUGCAACACACACGCUUGCCCACAAGAUGCUGCGUGGAGUACUGGCCCAUGGAGCUCGUGUUCUGUCUCUUGUGGUCGAGGGCAUAAACAUCGAAAUGUUUACUGCUUGGCAAAAGAUGGAAGCCAUUUAGAGAGUGAUAACUGUAAGCACCUUCCUAAGCCACAUGGGCACAGAAGGUGCCGAGGAGGACGGUGUCCCAGAUGGAAGGCUGGCGCAUGGAGUCAGUGCUCUGUGUCCUGUGGCCAAGGCGUGCAGCAGAGGCAUGUGGGCUGUCAGAUCGGGACACACAAAACAGCCAGAGAGAGUGAGUGCAGCUCAUACAGCAGACCAGAGUCGGAGCGUGUCUGCCAAGCCUCACCAUGUCCUCUCUACAGUUGGAGGGCAGAGCAAUGGCAACAAUGUACCAAGACAUGUGGUGAAGGCUCCCGGUACCGGCAGGUGGUAUGUGUAGCGGAAGACCAAAGUGAGGUGCACACCACACAUUGUGACCCAGACCAGAGGCCUCCAGACCAUGAGAGCUGCAGCCUACAGCCCUGCGAGUACGUGUGGAUCACAGGAGAAUGGUCUGAGUGCUCGGUGACCUGUGGAAAGGGCUACAGGCAAAGGCUGGUCUCCUGCAGUGAGAUUUAUACCGGCAAGGAGAAUUAUGAAUACAGCUACCAAACAACAGUGAACUGCCCAGGCACUCAGCCACCGAGUGUCCAUCCUUGCUACCUGAGGGACUGUCCUGUCUCGGCCACCUGGAGAGUUGGUAACUGGGGCAGUUGCUCAGUGUCCUGUGGCGUUGGAGUCAUGCAUAGAUCUGUGCAGUGUUUAACUAACGAAGACCAACCCAGCCAUUUAUGUCCCACUGAUAUAAAGCCAGAAGAGAGAAAAACCUGUCACAAUGUUUAUAACUGUGAGUUACCCCAGAACUGCAAGGAGGUAAAAAAACUCAACAGUGCCAGCGUUGACGGGGAAUAUUUCCUGGCUGUCAGGGGGAAGCCGCUGAAGGUGUUCUGUGCAGGGAUGCAUUCUGACUAUCCCAAGGAAUAUGUGACACUGGCCCAUGGUGACUCAGAGAACUUCUCCGAAGUUUACGGGCACAGAUUGCACAACCCAACAGAAUGUCCCUAUAACGGAAGCCGACGAGAUGACUGCCAUUGCCGGAAGGAUUACACAGCUGCUGGCUUUUCCAGUUUCCAGAAAAUCCGAAUCGACCUGACCAGCAUGCAGAUUAUAACCACUGACUUAGAGUUCGCAAGGACAAGUGAAGGACAUCCUGUUCCUUUUGCCACCGCUGGGGACUGCUACAGUGCUGCCAAAUGUCCACAGGGGCGUUUUAGCAUCAACCUUUAUGGGACCGGGCUGUCUUUAACCGAGUCUGCCAGAUGGACAUCACAAGGGAAUUAUGCCGUUUCGGACAUCAAGAAGUCUCCGGAUGGUACCCGGGUCAUAGGGAAAUGCGGCGGUUACUGUGGAAAGUGUACUCCAUCCUCUGGCACUGGCCUGGAGGUGCGAGUUUCAUAACUAAGGGGCUCUGAAGAGGAAGCCAUAUGAGAUGGAUGAAGGAUAGUAAUUCAAUACCUCCACCUUAAAUUUGGGUGCAUCUGUGUG